AUGAUUACCAACAAUAAUGCAGUUUCGGAGGUGACCAUUUCAUCUUCAUCAUCACCAGAAGAACAUGGUUUUGUUAUUAACAAGACUCAAGAAUUUCUGAAGAGUAAAGGAUUUGGGUGGUUGAUGGAAGUGGAUUCGUCAUCAGAUAGUAAGGAAAAUAUUUUGGGAGGAGAAUCGGUUGAACAACCAUCAAUUUUAGAAGAAUUGGAUAUUGAUGUGGCCGAAAUUAUAUUCAAAGUCAAGAGAGUAAUUGUACCUUUUGGAAAAUUUAGUAGUGAAGAUUUGGAAAAAUUGAGAGAACCAGAUUUUUGGGGACCAUUCUUUAUAAUUUUAGCUUAUGCCUUCCUUGUGGAAUUAACUUAUUUACAACUUAAAGUCAUUACUUGGAUGUAUUUGAUUUGGUUUAUUGGAUCUGCAUUGCUUUUUGCACUUGGUAGAUUAUUCACUCCAGCAAAUAUUGAAGAAGCCAGAUCACUUAAAAAGCUCAAGAUGAAUCAAGAAGGUUUCCAACCAAUUGGAACAUCAGAUAAUGCCCAAUUUCCUUCUAGUGACAAUGAUGCUCCACAAAUUUCUGAAGAAGAACAAAAGAUUAUUGAUGUUCACUAUGGACAAGUCAUGUCAUUUGUUGGAUAUUCCCUGAUACCUCAUGUUGCCAUUCUCGUAGUUUUACUUCUUUUCAGACUUAUUUUCGAUCCUAUAUUAUUCUCUUUAGUCUCACUUAUUUUGAACUUGUGCUCAAUUGCUUGGUCUACAGUGUCUUGUGUUUAUUUAUUCACAGCUGAUAAUUAUUAUCUGGAAAAGAAGAAGAAACUCUUGAUUGUUCCAAUCUUGUUAUUAUAUUUAUACUUUUUCUCCAUGCAAUCAGGUGUUUAA